AUGGCCCCGGUGCUCCUGAACAUACCCGCAGUCACGGUGUUUGUGUUGAGCUGCGUGUGCGCCGUCCCGCUGCAGGGCCAGAAGCCGGGUCACGUGGACCCCCUUACGGCCCACCGGGCGAACCCCCAGUGCUGGGACUCCUCCUCGGCUCUGCUGCUGGAGAUGCGCUCCCCCAGGAUCGCUGACACCGUGCCCGCCUUCUGGGACGUGAUGAUGUUCCUCAGGUCGUCAGACAACAGCAAACACACGGCGCUCUUCUGGGACCUGGCCCGGCUCUUCUGGGACCUGUAUCUGGACUGCGUGCUGUCCAGGAGUCACGGCCUGGGGAGGAGACACAUCACCGCUGUACACUCCCUUGUUACUGAUCUGUCAGAGUGA